AUGCUCGCCAAAAGCUUUGUCGGACUCCUCCUCGCCCUUCUCACCGUCCACUCCAACGCAGUGACCAUCCAAAAACCAGGCCUCACCCAGUCCGCCACCUCCAAACAGCGCGCAGAUGAGAUCAAAGCAGCAUACCGUACCUCCUAUUCCGCCUACCUCAAAUAUGCCUCUAAUCACGACGCCCUUCUCCCCCUAACCAACGGUUUCGCCGACCCCUUCGGCGGCUGGGGAGCAAGCGUAGUGGAUUCACUCAGCACAUCUUUCCUCAUGGGUCACACGGAUCUCUACAAUGCCGGUGUCGAGUUUUCUAAAAAGAUCGAUUUCACCAAGACUUCAUCCAAAACCAUCUCUCUCUUCGAGACUAACAUUCGAUAUCUUGCUGGACUCAUCUCUGCUUAUGAGCUGGGUGGGAAGGAGGAGCAGAAGCUGAUUGAUCAGGCGAAGGUUGUUGGUGAUCAUUUGGUGACGGGUUGGUUAGGUGAGAACCCAUUGCCGUGUAAUAAACUGAAGUGGAACAAGUUUACGCCUCCGGAUGCUUGUACUAAGUCGGGUAUAGCUGAAACGGGAACGCUGAUUUUGGAGAUGGAUAGGUUGUCCAAGUAUACCGGUGAUCCUACAUACUUGAAGCUGGCAAAGAAGACUAUGAAGACGAUCGCAGAGUCAAAGGGCGUGUUUCCGGGGUUGUUCGCUCAGGUGUAUAACCCGGUUACGGGUCAACCUACGGAUGAUUAUGUGACUUGGGGAGGUGGAAGUGAUAGCUUCUUUGAGUAUCUGAUCAAGUAUGCGUAUCUGAUUGGUGAUGAUAAGGAUGUUUGGAUUCCAACUUGGGUGAAUUCUGUUGCGAGCUCGAUCGAGUAUCUGGUUGAACAUCCCGAACAGACGAAGGAAGGGAAGUUGACUUAUUUGACCGACUACUCUGAAACGAGAGGUGGCAAUCUUCCGCGAUGGUCCCACUUGGGCUGUUUCGCAGGCGGAAACUGGAUCCUUGGCGCAAAGAUGAUCGGGCAGCCCACAUUCGACAAGUACGGUCAAUCCCUAACCGCAGCUUGCGCCAAUACCUACUCUUCUUCCCCCUCAGGCAUUGGUCCUGAAAGCUUCGUCUUCAUCGGCCAAGGAAACAACACCAACAGAAUCACCAUCAACAAUGCCCCCUUCUACCGCGAACACGGAUUCGAUUUCGAGAUAACUGAAUACGUCCUCCGUCCUGAAGUGAUGGAGUCAGUGUUCUACGCCUACCGCACCACCGGUGAUGCAAAAUGGCAAGAGAUAGCCUGGAAUGCUUGGCAAUCGAUCUAUCGAAAUUGUUUGGCGAAGCAAAAUGGUGCACUGGCUGCCUUGGCCAAUGUCAACUCGACGAAUCCGACCCAGCUGGAUGAUUCGGAAUCGUUCUUGUAUGCGGAAACGUUCAAGUAUCUAUAUCUGAUCUUUGCUGAUCCGGAGACAGCGAAUUUGGAUAGGUACGUGUUCAACACAGAGGCACAUCCGUUUUUGGUGGAUAAUCCGGAAAAGAAGAGUUAUGCUGCGCCGAACGUGCAGGUGAAGGAGCCAGCGAAGAAGCAGGGUGGUAUGGAUAAGAAGGAAAACUGA